UUUUCAUUUUUCGUGUUUCCUUUUGCCUCCUCUACCUCUCACGUAACAAAAAAUCUAUACAUAGCCCAUGGCUCCUCCCUCACAUAUCAAUCAUCUUUCUCACCCUUGUAUAUACGGGGACUUUGUUUCUUCAUACUCAGAGAGAAAGUCUGGUUUUAUGAAAUGGUUUGGGAAGAUUUUCAAACUUGGGUCCAGUAGUAGAGGAAGGGGUGGUGGCCGUCAUAUACAGCAGCCUGUGGAGGAAAACAUGGUUUGGCCAGCUUCAGCUAGAUCAUUGGAUGACCGAGCUAGAUUUCGGAAGGAGGAAGAGGAUUUGGACCAUGCAAUUGCACUUUCUUUGAGCGAUGAUUUAAAGAGACCAAUAAGAUAUAGAUGGAGAACAGGAACUGAUGAAGAUUAUGCAAAGGCUCUUCAGGAUCGCAUGUUCUCAUCUGCACAUCCUCCAUAUACCCCUUUACCUUUUUAUCCACGGGGAUAUGGUGUGGCAUCUCAUAUCAAAAUAUGUGGAGGGUGCAACCAAGAAAUACUUCAUGGAAAUUGUUUAGGAAUUGGGCAUAGUUAUUUUCAUCCAGACUGUUUUAGGUGUCACAUUUGUCAUUACCCAAUUACUGAGCAUGAGUUUUCUUUGUCAGGGAAGCAUCCAUAUCACAAGUCUUGUUUUAAAGAAUUGACCCACCCUAAAUGUGAAGUUUGCCAUCAAUAUAUACCUAUAAAUGCUGCUGGUUUGAUUGAGUAUAGAUGCCACCCCUAUUGGAACCAAAAGUACUGUCCAUCUCAUGAAUAUGAUAAUACAGUUCGCUGCUGUAGUUGUGAAAGAUUAGAGUCCCGGGAUGAAAGAUACUUGAGAUUGGAAGAUGGAAGGAUUUUGUGCUUUGAGUGCAUGGAAUCUGCUAUAACAGACACUGGUGAAUGCCAACCUCUUUAUCAUGCUAUCAGAGAUUAUUAUGAAGGAAUGAAUAUGAGAAUAGACCAACAAGUUCCCAUGCUUCUUGUUGGCAGAGAAGCACUCAAUGAAGCUAUUGUUGGGGAGAAGAAUGGUUUCCAUCACAUGCCAGAAACAAGAGGCUUAUGCCUUUCAGAAGAGCAAACUGUCACAAGUGUAUAUAGAUGGCCAAGAAUUGGAGGCCAUCGAUUAAAUGGGAUGAGAAGUCAACCUCACAAGCUGAAUAGAAAAUGCGAAGUGACAGCUAUUCUUGUUCUCUAUGGUCUUCCGAGGUUACUCACAGGUGCUAUCCUUGCCCACGAGUUGAUGCAUGCUUGGUUACGCCUUAAAGGUUAUCGCAACCUUAAUCCUGAAGUAGAGGAAGGUAUUUGUCAGGUUCUUUCUUACAUGUGGCUUGAGGCAGAGGUAAUGUCAGGUUCUAGAACCAUGCCGUCAACAUCAUCAUCAUCGUCAGCUUCUUCAUCUUCCUCCUCCUCGUACUCAUCAAAGAAGGGUGCAAAAUCUCAAGUUGAAAAUAAAUUGGGUGAAUUUUUCAUGAACCAAAUAGCCAAUGAUUCUUCCCCUGCUUAUGGUGGUGGCUUUAGAGCAGCCAAUGAAGCUGUUAAUAAGUAUGGUCUACAUUCUACUUUGGAGCAUAUUCGUUGGACUGGUAAUUUCCCACUGUAACAAGAACAUGCUCUU